AUGAUCAGCGAGUAUGAACCGAAGUGGCAAGUGUCGAGAUUGGACAAAACAUACCUUCCAAUCCUUGAACAACUCUUAGCCUCACAGCAUGAAACUGAAAUGGGAGCAUUCGUUCAAGAAUUCAAAGAUAUAGUGGGCACUAUCAUCAACCUGCGGAACCCCCUAUCAGUCAAAGUUUUAUCCCGACUGAUGCAGGUCUCAGAUCGAAAAAUAGAAUCUAGAUUGAGAUCACUUCAUUCAGUACUUUACAUACCAAACGACCCUAAGAUGGCCAUCAGAACCCUUCAUAAAUCAUUUUCUGAUUUUCUUCUGGACCAAGGUCUCCGUCACAAGUCUCAACUCUGGGUCGACGCCCGAGAAUCUCACGAAAGAAUUCUCGACCGAUGCCUCGAUGUUAUGUCUAAGGGUCUAAAGUUCAACAUAUGCAAGCUUAAGUCUGUUGCAACUCUGAGAAGUGAGAUUGAUGAUAGAACCAUCCAAAGUUGUAUAAGUUCAGAACUGCGGUAUGCUUGCUGUCACUGGACGGAACACAUGCAAAGGGCGGAGCACCGCUUGACCGACAAUGACAAAGUCCACAAAUUUUUACAACAGCACUGUCUCCAUUGGAUUGAGGCCUUGAGCAUUUGCGACACAGAUCUGUUGCGGAAUAUAAUUGUGUUCGUCCCUGGAAACGGCCUACCGAAGCGAGCAUUAAGCGUUGAGAAGCUUCUCCAGCGAUAUGAAGAUAAUGUGGGACCCAGGGAGUUUCGGCGCUUACUGGGUCUUGAGGCUUCAGAUGUAUCCGCCAUUUCAACUAAUGGUCGAAUCUUAGCGUAUAGCUUGACCAGGAGGUCUACCUGUGAAUUUUCAUUUGUAGUACUCUGGGAUCUGGUCGCUGAGGCUCCAAUACGGAUUCUGGGGGCACUGUCAGAUCUCGCCACACUGAAAUUUUCUCCAGACAACAAAAUUUUAUUCGGAAAACUCCAGCCUGUAGCUGAAUCUCCUUCCAGCGCGCGUCUUAAACCUAGACCGGAAUCUAGUACCAACACCGACCUAGGAUCCAACAUAGUAUUCUGGGAUGUUAAAACUGGGGUGAGACUAUCUGACUAUAUUCUAUCGGGACGAUUACACGCGCGAGCUCUGUUCAUGCUUCAAAUGCAUGAAAGUACUGCUGUUGAUGCCGAGACGGUCCAAAAUAGAUCCGAUAGCUCACACUCGUUGGGCCAUGCUGGGCUAGCAGAUCUCCCGCAAGAAUUAAGCCAAACUAAUAAAGAAUUACUUGCGGUUGUGGUUGCCAUUGGUAAGGGCAAGAUCACUGAGUGGCAAUUUACUUCAGCCCAACUUUCCGAAAGGAUGUUAUACAAAUUAGAGUCCGUUAAGAAUUCGGAGAGCUAG